UCCGUUCUUCUAUCUGACAGCGGAAGUCUGCCUGUAGGAACCGCCCACUUCCUUUUGGAGUUUGGGGAUUGCGUGGCAGGUGAGGCGGAGUCAAUUCAGCCCUGCAUUCUUGUGCUUUGCUGCUGGAGCGAGCGCUGGGGGCGGCUGCUAGUGCAAGUCGGCUUGCGUGGGUGUUAGCUUUGUAGCUGAAAACGUCUCGCUUGUUACAAAGACUCAAUUGACGUUGGUGGCUUCAGCGGCGGCCACUUCUUAAAGUAGAGAUAGCUUUUUUCUGCAGAGGUUACAGUCAUCUUUCCCUAGGAUUGCUAUAGUCUCCGUGCCCCUAGCAGAAGAUAUGCCACGGGGACGAAAGAGUCGGCGUCGCCGUAACGCAAGGGCCGCAGAAGAGAACCGCAACAAUCGUAAGAUACAGGCCUCAGAAACCUCCGAGACCCCAAUGGCAGCCUCUUUGGUCCCGAGCACCCCCGAGGACGACCUGAGCGGCCCAGAGGAAGACCCAAGCACUCCAGAGGAGGCCUCCACCACCCCUGAGGAAGCCUCGAGCACUGCUCUAGCGCAGAAGCCCUCGGUAGCCAGGAGCAAUUUUCAAGGCACCAAGAAAAGUCUCCUGAUGUCUAUAUUAGCCCUCAUCUUCAUCAUGGGCAACAGCGCCAAGGAGGCCCUGGUCUGGAAAGUGCUGGGAAAGUUGGGGAUGCAGCCUGGCCGGCAGCACAGCAUCUUUGGAGAUCCAAAGAAGGUCGUUACAGAAGAGUUUGUGCGCAGAGGGUACCUGAUUUAUAAGCCGGUGCCCCGUAGCAGUCCUGUGGAGUACGAGUUCUUCUGGGGACCUCGAGCACACGUGGAAUCAAGCAAGCUGAAAGUCAUGCAUUUUGUGGCAAGGGUGCGUAACCGAUGCUCCAAGGACUGGCCAUGUAAUUACGAUUGGGAUUCUGAUGAUGAUGCAGAAGUUGAGGCUAUCCUCAAUUCAGGUGCUAGGGGUUAUUCUGCCCCUUAGGGAAAUAUGCAGCACACCCUUGAGGGGGAUUGGAAAGAGCAUCAAAGGUACCCCAAGGAGUAGAUCAUCUGGGUCCUUAGUUGAAUUUAAUGGGGAGUGGGGCACUGUAUUUGGUAUUUGUGAUCAGUGCUAAUUGUUUGAGAAACAGAACGUUUACUUUGAAUAUUGUAAAUUUUAUUCAUUUUAAUACAGUGUUGAUUAAGGUCAUAAUGUUUUAAAAUACCAUUGAAGAAGAUAUAUUUUUUCCAUCAUUGAUAUUUAGUAUAACAGUUUUGCUAACGUUAUACAAUGAAGUCUUUGAAUAAUAUUCUGUGAUCUGAUACAUAUUUUAUAUCAUUAAAAUAAGCUGUUCUUAAAAGUUUGAAAUAACCAGUAAAAUGUGAGAGAAGGAUGGGAGAAUUCUUUUAUGUCCUGCCAUUCUGAAAACCUUUGUGUCUGCUGUUGUGUAAAGAAAAUUGACAACUACCUUGAUUUUGCUUAGUUACUGCAGAAUAUAGAAAAAAAUAAAAGCUUAAUGAUGAGGA